AUGACACGUAGAUUCGACAAGAUGAUGAUGAAAUUUAUUGCCGAAAUAGGAUCGCCUCGCAUCGCCAAAAUCCACGCCAAACCCGGUGGUCGAAACGUCGAAUUGCGUGCGACCCGUUCGAAAAUUCGUUUAGAUUCUGUCGUCUUCUUCUUCAGCAUGCCCAUCGCCGAUUCGACAGUCAUGGACACAACACACAACGCUGACAGACAGCUUCGAACUCCAGCCAAGCCAGAAAAUAGAAGAGACUUAUUAAUAAGCUGCUUUCAGAAGCCUGGCACCGUGUUCCUUAUUCAGCGUGACCAUGAAAAGAUCUACAUUCUCACGAUGAUAAACGAACACCGUGCCAGUGGUCCCGAAAGUUCGGUAGAGUAA